GUUGGGAGGUAUACAUUCGCUUUAAUAUUUACCAGCUCUGGGUCUGAACUAAAAGCCCGGCACUUAUAGACAACCAGGCCUCACUGUCUAUGACUAUAGAAGAAGUCUGGAAGUGUAUUUACUGUAAUAUGCUAUAUGGAUAACUUCCACUUACUGAAGUCUACUUGUGGUUAUAACUUUAUGUUAUUUUCCCAGACCCGCCACUUCCUGACCUCAGUGCUCAUUUCCCUCUAUGUACUACUCAGCAAUGAUCAGAUCUGCAGCAACCAAGACCCAGGAUGAUCGUGCUGUGGGUUGUCGCUCUGAUCUCUUGGGCCUAUCAAACAAAUGUGUCCUAUGGUGGAGCAGCAAUGGGGCAGGAAACCCCAAGACGAUCGGUUCUACUUCCUUUGCGUGGCAAGUUUGAAAUACCCCUAUUUGGUGUAGAGUGGAAGAAAGAAGGGCAGUUACUGGCUAGAAUAAACAGGGGGCGCUGUGACUACGGCUGUGGUGAGACGUCCCAGCUCUUCUCCAAUGGGAGCUUGUGGCUGAGUCAUGGUGGGAAGGAAGAGGAAGGAAGAUACUCGGUGACGGUGUAUAAUGCAACUGGUAUUUUAAUACAUAAAGUGGACAUCACACUAUGGAUUAUAGAGAUCCCUGCAGAGCAAGUGCUGGGUCCUGGCAACGCCUCAGUCCUGCUGCCUCUGGAUUUGGAGUCACGGCCCAUCGAGGUGAAUUGGAGGAAAGAUGAGCAGCCACUGGGGGAGGUCAUAAGGGAUAUCUGUGUCAGAGGCUGCAAUGAGACAUACAGUAACAUGCUCCUUAAUGGCAGCUUCCUCCUGAGACGUGUCCAGAGAGAGGACGAGGGGAGAUACUCUGCAGAGGUGUAUGAUGUCCAUAACAUCCUGAUCCACCAGACGGAGAUCCUCCUGUACUUUUAUGACAAUCAGACCGAGAAAUUACCGGAUCGGGUACCAAAAUCACGGCUGCCAGAUCCAGCGAUCAUCCUCAUCGUUGAGGGUGCUAUCUUCGUUCCAGUCCUUGUGGUGUCCAUGGUGUAUCUGGGAAAAUGCUUGUGCAAAAGAAGGAAACAAAAACUGGGUCACGAGGUGAACAUCCAGCUCCACCUAUCCACAGAGGUAACACCGACACCAGAGGAGAAUUCCACCAGUGAGUCAGAAAGCCCGGAUGGUAUGCAGAGGCUCAGAACAUACCAGAGCCUGGAGGAACUGACCACCUUCACUGGAGAAGGCAAGGCAGAUGCUAAGGCCUGAUAUCAGCCAUCUGGACCCGAUAGCACCUGGAAGGUGUUCUCAUAUGUGGACUCUCCAAUUCCUGUAGUAUUCUGUAAAAUGGAACAUGCCCAUCUGUCCUGGGACUGCCCCGACAUAGUGGAAGAUUGGUGCGAUGCCAAGAACUGAUAUGGUCCUUCCUAAAACAUCCAAUUUUCACCAAAAUCUCCAGUAUAGGAAUUUCCAAUUUCCCUUUCCCUGUGUUUUAAAUGAAGUGUAUAGAAACACUGGGCCAUAUUCCCGUAGAUUUCGGGCGGGCG